AUGAGAAAUUCAAGAGUUACUCUCUGCAUACCUUCUAGACUAAUAUCAGCAGUAGAGAAUACUGUCACAUGUACAGAUGAAAUUAAGUCUGUUGAAGAUCAAAUGAGAAAUCUAAUGAAAGCUGAUUGUACACGUGUCAUGGAAUCGCCAACAAUAAAAACUGUCCCAUCUGAUCGAGAUCCCUGUACUAUAGAAGUUUUACGUUCAGCUGGUGUAGUCACCUAUCAAAAAGAUUCCGAAGAAGAAGAAGAGUUGAAAAUUGCAAUGGCUGAUUCAGAAUUUCUUACUAAACAACGUCUUAAUUUGCUCACUACUACUACUAAUACUACUACUACGACGACGACUGGUAUUGCUGGUGUUGGUGUUGUUGGUGGUAUACCUGGUCCAAGUGUGAAUGGCCUAGUCGAUGUUGUCAGUGAUGAUGAAUCUGAGACAGACUUAUUAGAGGAUAUUGAAAAUAUUUGCCAGUAUGGAAAAAUAAACGAUUUCAAACCGGGUACUGUUGAAGAUGCUUUGGCUAUUCUACAAUCAUCACUUGUAACUUCAAUUCAGUCCCGUCAGUCCAACAUGUUCGGUGGUGGAAGUGUUGGCGGUACAUCUCAAACUUCCAUGUCAACUAAGCACUCAACAUCUCCAGCUUCAGUACGUGUACCUAAUUCACAUGUGACAAAUAUGAUCAAUCCCCCCACGCCUCAGAAAAAUUCCUCACGUCCUAAACAGGCUAAAAAGAAACUUCCUCCUCCUUCAAAGCAUAUUGCACGAAUCGGUGCUCAAGCUGAAGCGAAGAGAAAACAGAAUGUGAAUUCCAAAGCCAACUACACUAAUCCUGAAGUCAGUAACAAAGAACUUGAAACUGCUCGAUGUAGACGUGAAGAAAUGGAAGCUUUUCUCAUUGGAGAUUCUGACACAAAUAAAAAAUGUAAAUAGCGGGAGAGAGAGAGAGGUUAGUUUUCAGUUAAUAAAUACAAUUGUGUAGUUAAUAAAUUAUGGAGAGGAUAUCUGUGUAGCUCAAGUGUGCAUAACUUUGUUGUGUAGUUGUGCUUUCUCUUAGCUGUGUGGUUGGUUGGUUGGUCGGUUGACGGUUGAAUAACGAGGAUUUCAUUGUCUUUCUGGUCAACUUUAUCAAUGCUGACACCAAGGUAAAAUUCGCC